UUUUUUACGCGUGCCACACGUAUUAUCUAUUAAAAUGUUACAGCAUAAUGCAUACAUGCACCCACUUUCUGCCAUGUUUACUAAUUCGGUUAUUUCAACGCCCGCAACCAAACCUCAUCUUCCAGGAAAUGCUGUCCUGGGUGCACCAGGUUCUGAACCUAAUAAACAACAUAUCGAAGGAAUUCAGUGAAGCUCAUGUUGACUGCAUUGCGAUAUUGGUCAUCAUUCUUCUCGUUAUAUUGAUUAAUUUACGACACAUCAGACAGCAGUUCCAGACGAUGGUGGACAUAUUAACAGGAGGUGUGCCUCCAUUGCAAGCGAAGGCAAUACAGGGAACUUCGCUCGAAGUGGAAACCAUUAGGCGAAACAGACUCACAUCAAUACAUAUAGGACAUAGAAGGGCAAAUCAAGGAAUUGAAGAAAGACAAGGAAUGGAAAUGAAGCCAAUAAAGGAAGACAAAGGGGAAAUCAAGGAAGUUAAGAAAGACAAGGGGAAAUGAAGGCAAUGAAGAAAGACAAAAAAAAGGGAAAUGAAGGCACUGGAGGAAGAGAAAGAAAGGCAAAUGAAGGCAAUGAGGAAGAAGAACAGGAAGGCAACCAAAAAAUAAACAAAAAAAAGACGAAGAAAUGAAAUUUGUCAGAUACUAGAGAAAAAAUGGGAGUUCGGUGGGACCACACAUCAAUUAUUUAUAGAUUUCAAAAAAGCGUGUGACUCUGUGAAUAGAGAAGUGUUAUAUAACAUUCUUAUUGAAUUUGGUUUACCAAAUAAGCUAGUGAGUCUAAUAGAAAUGUGCUUAAAUGAAACCCGUAGCAAAAUUUGAGAAGGUAAAUAUU